AAUUGGUCGAACCAUCCGGCCGGCGGUAGACCUUCAAAUUCAUGUAUCAGAGAAUAGCAACAAAGAAAGGGAAAAAAGAAAGAAAAUAAUAAUUAGAAACAAAAGGAGAAGAAGGAAAUCGAGCGAUAUUGUGGAAGAAGCGGUGCAGUUAAUAGAGAUGAGUGAAGCGCAGAAGUACGUUUGGAAAGGGGCGAUUCCUCUGCAGAUUCACCUCCACGAAUCUGAAGUCACCACUCUUCCUCCGCCACCACCAGCUCUCGUUUUAGCCCCUCGGAUAGGGUACUUACCAUUGUUGGUUUCGAUCAUAAAGCCUCACUUCAGCAGCACUCUUCCUCCUGGAGUUGACACCGUUUGGUUUGACUACAAAGGCCUACCUCUCAAAUGGUAUGUACCAACUGGAGUUCUUUUUGAUCUGUUAUGUGUCGAGCCAGAAAGGCCGUGGAAUUUAACGGUACACUUUAGGGGAUAUCCAAGCAAUGUAUUGCUUCCAUGUGAAGGUGAAGACAGUGUAAAGUGGAGCUUUAUUAACUCACUGAAAGAGGCUGCCUAUGUAAUAAAUGGUAAUUGCAAGAAUGUCAUGAACAUGUCUCAACCUGAUCAGGUGGAUCUUUGGGGCUCUGUUUUAAAUGGUAAUUUGGAAUCUUAUCGACGGGUGUCAUCUAAGCUUAAACUUGUAACUUUUGAAGAUGAAUAUACAGAAAAUGUUAGUUCAGUCUCUAAAUCUCAAGAGAGUACUGGGGAUAAUGAUGCUGCUGGACAAGGGCAAGUGAAGACUGGUAGGAUUCCUGUUCGUUUAUAUAUGUGGACUGUCAAUGAGGAGUUUGAUGACUUUGAAGAUGCUCCUCAAAUUGAUAACUGGGACAAAGUCUUGUAUAUCAAUCGACCUGUCGAGAUUCAUAAAGAAGACGGUAAAUUCUUUAGCUUAAAUGAUGCGGUUAAAAGAAUAUUGCCCGAGUUUUUCCCGGAAAGUUCCGUUGUAACUGAAGGAGAUGCAAUCAUCAACCAAAGUGCUGGAGAAGAGGGAGAAAGUUCAUCUGAUCCCGAGUCAUGUUGCCACCCACAUGAGGUUGCUGAAAUCAAGCUUGUACGCAUUCAAGGGAUAGAACCAAUUUUGGAGAUACCUUUUUCUUGGGUGGUUAACAACUUAAUGAAUCCUGAGUAUUUUCUUCAUAUGUGUGUUUGCUUGAAAGUUUCAAAGGUCAAUACUGUGCAAUAGGAAAAAAUUCAAUUACUUGAGCAUCCCCAUUCACUGGAAAACUCGGAAGAUGCAAUUCUUUUGUAUAUAAAUGUACAGAACGGUUUCAAAUUAUAUUCAUUUCAUAAUU